GACCCGGAAGUAGUUAAUUGAAUUCAGUGUUUUGAAUAGGGAGCUGGAAGUCAGGACAUAGCCAUAGAAAGCAAGCUAUUUCUGGAUGCUUUAUCGCUGUUGCGAAAUUCCACUGGUAAAGUAGGCAUGAUAUCAAUUUUCCGGGAUGAACAGGAAAAGGACACUGAUUUCAGACACGUUCAAAGUUACAAAACGACGAUUCACAGAGAACACGUUUGGUAAACCACAAUGUGGAGAGGCAGACCAAGAUGGCCCUCUGGACAUUAAAUCCAGUUUGGAAUACCUCAUGACACUCUUUCCUCGCAAGGUUUUCAAUGACUCUCUGCCACUAAUAGUCAUGAAACACCAACUCUACAGCAUACACAGUGCCAAGACCUUGGUGGACAGGCAACUGAAUUUGCUCAGGGAGCAGGGAGAGGUGAUGAUGUUCCAGCUGGGUUUUGAUGCAGACACCUUUGGUCUGGUGUUUACUGCAGACUAUAAAGAAAAGACCCUGGCAGGGACUGCUGGCACAGGGAGCCAAGGAACGGUAGAGAAGUUUCUGAAUAAAGUGGUGCCAUCCUGCACAGACCUCAGCUUCAACAAGGACAAAAUGCUGAAGGAGUUCCUCUUCACCGAUUCAGAGAUCACGCAACUUGUAAAGUGUGGUGUACUGACGGUCAGAGACGCUGGCAGCUGGUGGCUUUCAGUUCCCAACUCGGGCAAAUUCACCAAGUACUUCAUACAAGGACGAAAGGCUGUUCUGAAUAUGAUCAAAAAGGCCAGGUAUGGGGAGGUCUUGAAGAAUGAGUUGGAGGGGAGGCGCACCACCUCCCAUGUGAAGUUUCCCAUGAAAUAUCACAUUCAUGACCUCAUGGGCGCAGAGCUGGUGGAAAGCAUACCGACCACCUCAGGAACACUGCUUCGGUAUGUGGACACAUGAACUCCAAAAUUAUGAACUUUGAAGACUGACAAUGCAUCGAUUUAAUUUACUGCCUUAAGUUGAUGAGUGAUUGUGAUAAUUUGAAGUUGGAGAACUGGCAUUUCACAUUAAAAUGUGAAAUAUUUUGUUAUGUACAGGUUGUAAAAAUGGUAUAGGUUGUAUUUGCAAAUAGCUGUUACUUCUAAAUAAAUGCAACCACAAGACAA